AAUGAGAUAACCACCUUUUGAGCAUUGUUUAGAUUGUCCAAUCAUUAUUAAAUUGAUGGAUGCCUGUCCUCUUUCACCUUUCUGGCAAAUAGUAUAAGAAGAAGGAUUUAGUGGUUUGGCAGAUACAACUCUACUAUAUGAAUUAUUUAUGGUCAUUAUUUCUUUAGUGCCUUGGAUUAGUGGAUUGAUAUUAGGAAUAUUACUAUUGAAAAGAAGAGACAUGAGAUCACUCAUUCGUGCAGGAACUCAUUUGUGUGCUCAUAUGUAUAAAGUGAUAUUAACUCUAUUAUAGAACUUGUGAUGUAGUCAAAGUUGUUUAUUUUAGAGAAGAUAGACCAGAUGGUUCAUGCUCUUUAAAGUAUGGAUUACCAUCCUGUCAUUCAAUAUUUGCAGGAUUAUAUACAAGUUGGGUUUUGAUUGAAAUAUUGGUUAUUGGAAUGAAAUUAAAAACAAGACAUAUUAUUGCUGUGAUUUCUAUGCUCAUAGUCCCAUAUUCAAGAAUUUACUUAAUAUAUCAUACAUUAAAACAAUGUAUUUAUGGUUGGACUAUUGGAUUUGUAUUUGCUGUAAUGGGUUUAACAUUGCACCAUUAAUGUAAGAAAAGAAGAAAGAAUAAAUAAGUUAAAGUCAAACAAUGAA